UUUGUUUUUAGCUUAGCUGAAAAACACGAGCGGCAUUGUAACGUAUUGAGAAAAGAAGUUAAAGCUUGCUUUUUGUCUGGAAAAUUCUAUUUCUUUUAACAUUCCUGCAAACCUCCACCACCCCUGUAUCCCGUCUGAAGUUGACUUGCUGCCAUGCCGGUGCACCGUGACCGGGAGAAGAAGGAGAGCACAGCAGAGGAGAUGGAGGUGGAGGAGCAUGAGCACGAGGCAUCCAGCUCAGAGGAGGAGGAUUCUGACACCUCCUCCGUCUCAGAAGAUGGAGACAGCUCUGAAAUGGAUGAGGAGGACUGUGAGCGGAGGAGGAUGGAGUGUCUGGAUGAAAUGACCAACCUGGAGAAACAGUUCACUGAUCUCAAAGACCAGCUGUAUCGGGAGCGUCUCAGUCAGGUGAACAGUAAGCUGACAGAGGUGGAGGCUGGUCGGGCAGCAGAAUAUCUGGAGCCUCUGGCAGUACUGCUGGAAAACAUGCAGGUCCGCACCAAGGUGGCAGGUAUCUACAGAGAGUUGUGUUUGGAGUCUGUGAAGAACAAGUAUCAGUGUGAGAUCCAGGCAGCAUCCCAGCACUGGGAGAGUGAGAAGCUGCUGCUGUUUGAUACAGUUCAGAGUGAACUGGAAGAGAAAAUAAGAAGACUGGAGGAAGACAGACACAGCAUAGACAUUACAUCAGAGCUGUGGAAUGACGAGUUGUCAGGGAGGAAGAAGAGGAGAGAUGCUUUAAGUCCCGAUAAGAAGAGGAGGAGACCUUCAGUGGUGUCUGGUCCAUAUAUUGUCUACAUGCUGCCUGACUUGGACAUCCUGGAGGACUGGACAGCUAUCAGAAAGGCUGUGGCUACGCUGGGUCCUCACAGAGGGAAGGCCGACUCAGACAGCCCCGUGUUCCCAUUCAGACCAGACAGAAACAGACCCAUUCUCAACUGCUGAAGCACACAAACACACACAAAACAUGCAAACACACACAGCAGCAUUCACUUCUCCCAGCAUGAGAAACACACACACAAAACAUACAAACACACACAGCAGCAUUCACUUCUCCCAGCAUGAGAAACACACACACACACAGACACAGACGAACAUUUCUCUGAAUCUUCCCAAAAUCCUCUUUAAACUCCUCAGCGAACAACAACCACAGCCUCGUCUGUUAGCGACACCAGUCGGUAAGCUGCCUCUCGUGCCAACUGGCGCACACAACAACAACAACAACAACAACAACAACAACAAGGACUCAUGGGUGCAAACCCCCCCCCCCCUUUUUUUUCUUUCUUUUUUUUUGAACGGGAACAGAAGCAUGAUUUGUCCCCACUGACAAGUUAGAUAGCAGUGCCGAGUUGUGACGUGGACUCUGGAGAUGAUUACACCACAUUAUUGAAUUCUAAGUGUUCUAUUCUGUUCACACAGAGCAUGAGAAGGAGGAGGAGGAGGUUUUCCAAUUAACAGAAAGUUACAUGCAAAUGAAUGCUUUCACUCCAAAAAUGACACAUACUGUGUUAAUGACUGAUGCCUUCAAGAACUAUUAAUUCUAGCAGCACACAGUGACUCUGGCAUGAAAGUAAAACACUGCUUAUCACCCAAGUAGGUAUGAAGUCAUGUUUUGGACUGAAAUCGUUCAAAUGCUUUCCUUGUAAAUUCCUUUCAGUAUCUGUUUACAUGCUGAAAUUUUGAUAAUGGGCAGUCUCGGUUGAAGUUUUUAGUCUUCAGAGCAUCUAAUAUUGGUGAGUGUGCCAAAAGACUAUAGUCUUUACACACUAAAAUAAUCUGACAGUAUACUUCAAUUAAAUUAAACUGAAUUCAUGUAGUGUUUGUUUCACAGCUAAAGUGACACUUGUAAGACUUUGAGUCAAGUGGAUGUUUUUUUGCCCAGUUGUCUGAGCACUGUACUCACCACAACAUCAGGAGCCAUUGCAAACAUAAACAACUUGAGUUUAACUAAGAAGGUUUCUUAGUCAGACCAAACCAGGACGAGGGUCGACAUGUUUCAUCUUAGCGUUAUCGAUGAAGCUUCCACAACAGUCAUACAGGGAAAUGGCCGUUAAUACUGUACAUGAUUAACCUGAUUCAUUGUGCCAUUUUUAUUUUAUUUUUUGUAUUUUUUUAAUGUGGGUCUGUUUAAAUAUAUUAUGGGAGACUUAUAAUUUCUCUUUUUUAAAUGAUGUUUUGAAUAUUUAGGUGGUGAUCAUAUGACAGUUUGUACAGUUUUUUGUUGUUUCACUCCACUGUGCCUACAUUUCUAGUUCAGUUCAGGAAAAUGUCAUGUUUCUUUUGUUUUAAUGAUGCUUUAUUUUUUUAUUUUUUUUAGGAAUUACAGUUUGAGAGUUGCGAUAGUGGUUGAGACAAACUUGACCUAGAUCGUUUAAAUCUUUAAUCGCAGCAAUUAACAUAAAAAGAUCAGGAGAAAGAUUUGUCAUGUGAUCAAGAUGAGGCGCUUUCAAUAAGGGGUUUCCUUAAUUGUUCAUGUAUGUACAAGAUUGCCGGUUAUACCUCUUUACACCGCUGUUCUUACUCUUAACAAGUUAAACUGGGACAACAGCUUUCGCAAGCAGGUGUCAAUAAUGAGAGAAGUCAUGAUAACAUAUGAAAAAAUUAAAUACUGAAUUAUCCCUUUUAAGGAAGUUAAAGUUACCCAGGUAUUAUUGGUACAUUCUCUGCUUACGUAUCUACCUCUUCUCUCUCUCUUUUUCUAUGUCACACUUCUUCUUUAUUACUGAUGAACACGACAAUUCUUCCAUCUCGACAAGCAUCCUGACAAGAAGUACUGCUUGUUUAUAAAGCUGACUAAAUGGAUUUAUUAGAUUGGAUUUUUGUUUAAAGCCUGCAGUGAUUGUGUUUCAUUGUAAAGACGUGCAACAAAGCAACCAGACUGUAGGAGAAACUGACAUGUUCUUCCAAUCAUACCCCAUCACUGAAUCUUCACACUUAUAUCCCACUGUUUAUAAAAGAGGAUGAACAAACUGCCAUUUGAUAGUAUUGAUUUUAUAAAGUGAGAUAUUGAGGUGUUAAGGUGAUGGUGGUGAUUGUUCACAAGUUUAUGUGAAGUAAUGUGUCAGGUACAUUAUUUUCUUUCUCAUGGAUGAUGUGGAUGGGAUGUUUUACAAUUAAAAUCUGU